CAAGUCGGGAAGGUGGGGGAGAGGAGACUGUGAAGCUGCGGCGGCAUAUUUACGGGACCCAGCGUGUGUCCCCUUUGAGUUUAUUGUCAGAUAUUUAGUUCUGCUCUUGGUGGCCGUUGAACGGCUCCUCUCGUGGUGUCCGUUUAUGAAAACAACCGUUACUGGAACGUUGUCGCAACCGCUUUGGUUAGCUAACGUUACGUUACCUACUAACGUUACAGCUCGACUGCUGUGUCUGGGAUUUAAUGGUGGAAAACGCUUCAAUGUGGAUAAAACAGACCUGUAAAGUAACAUUUCAUAAACCUCACGACUCUUAAACUUGUGCGGCAGGACGCUGCUGCUUCACUGAGGCCCUCGUUACUGGAUGAAGAGAGAGCCACUGACUACCAGUAUGGACGCGCUCCAUCCUGGAAUUUCCCACAAUCCUUAGUUGUCUGAUCUGCAGCUGAGUCUACUGAACCCUGAACCGUGACCAGCGCCAGUCUAUGACUGACCUCCUGUCAGGUGAACUGUCUUGUGCCACGAUGAUGUCAGUCGAUGUGACCAAUCAUAAUGGCCCCACUGCCACGCCUCCCAACUCACUCAGCCUACGAUCCUCACACAAUCAGCUUCUCAGCAGCGAUGUCAUCAAACAGGGCUCUGCCACGCCUCCCAAGUGUCGCAAAAAGUAUGCACUUACCAGUAUCCAGGCUGCCAUGGGUCUCGGAGAAGCUCUGCCGCCUUCUUCAUCACCAUCUUCAUCCCCAUCACAGUCUUCAACCCCCAACAAUCCUAAACUAGCCAAGAACGGAGUCAACCAGCUCCGUAAAGCCGGUCAGGAUCACAACAAAAACACCACCGGCUCUGGCCCGACGGACCUGGAGUGUAAUUCAGAAACUACAGCAGAUGACUACAGUGUCAACACAGCUGAGGAACAUGACAGUCACACUCUCACCAAUAAUGACAGAGAGGAAGAUGUUAUUAAGCUGGAUGUUGAACUGCACCCAGACUCUAACACUGAUGCAGAGCCCGAGCAGAAAACCGAAUCAGAGAUAGACUUUAGCAUUAACACGACUGUGGAGCUCAAACUGAAUGGCAACACAACCGAUGUGGGCUUUGAUUUGAACAAUGAGGCAGAGGAGAGUGACGACAUCAGUAUUCUUUCUGAGAAGGAAAUUAUGUCAAAGAUGAAGCUCGAGGAAGAUGGAGAUGAGGUGGUAGUGGAGGAGCAGGAAGACGAGGAGAAGAAGCCUUUACUGAUGAUACAAAGUGAGUCUCCCGUGAAGAACCGUAAAGUUUCCUCAGGCCUGGAGCUCAUCUCUGACCUCCACGCCAACUUCAAGCUCCUCAAAUCAGGGAAGGACUCUCCAGUGCCUCCUCCACCCUCUCCACCCAGGCAAGCCAGCCCAGAGGACAUGCCGUUGCUCUCUGUGGCCUCCUGCUCCUCCUCUUCCUCCUCCUCUCCAGAGACGAAGAAGGACAGAAGGACUGGCGCGAAGACAGACUGUGCUUUGAACCGCAUCCAGAAUCUGAACCCCAGUGACGAAGAGUUGAGUUGGACAACACUGUCCCAGGAGAGCAACUCCCCAGAGGAAACAGAUAUCUGGAGUGAGCAGUCAUUCCAGACAGACCCUGACCUGCCUCCAGGAUGGAAGAAGAUCACAGAUAUGGCUGGUAUCUACUACUGGCACAUUCCUACAGGCACCACCCAGUGGGAGAGGCCUGCCACCCGACCAGCACCGCCUGGACAGACAGAGUCCCAGGUCCUGGGUGACCACACAGCCUCCACACCACGUAAACACUCUCUGGGCUCACUCAGCCCCUCACCCACUCCUGACCAUGAGUCAUGCCAGGCAGAGAUCUUCUUCAGGGCGUCAACUCGUUCAGGCAGCACCACCUCCGACAGCUCAGUGGAGCCUCUCUCUACUCUUGAGCCCGCCAUCACCACAUGUGGAUUUGUCAACAGCUGCUACUUUCCUCGUUCCACAUCUCUGCAGGGGAUGCCUGAUCAAGAUCAUCAUGAAGAUGAGGACAAGAAACAGGUGUGGAGUGAUUUUGGCGGAAAAAUUGAUAGUGAAGUGUGGAAGGACCUGCAGGCAGCCACGGUGAACCCUGACCCCAGUCUGAAGGAGUUUGAGGGUGCUACGCUUCGCUACGCAUCACUCAAACUGAGAAACCGUCCAGCAGUGGAAGAAACAGAGUCCAGCGGUAGUAACAGUGACCCAGAAGCAAAGUGUUUUGCAGUGCGCUCUCUGGGAUGGGUGGAGAUGGCUGAGGAGGACUUGGCUCCUGGAAAGAGCAGUGUUGCUGUUAACAACUGCAUCCGACAGCUAUCCUACUGCAAGAAUGACAUCCGAGACACAGUCGGUAUCUGGGGAGAGGGGAAGGACAUGUACCUGGUGCUGGAGAAUAAUAUGUUGAACCUGGUCGACCCCAUGGAUCGCAGCGUGCUUCAUUCUCAGCCAAUCGCAAGUAUCCGCGUCUGGGGCGUUGGCCGGGACAACGGCAGGGACUUUGCAUAUGUGGCACGGGAUAAAAACACUAGGAUCCUGAAAUGUCAUGUGUUCCGCUGUGACACACCAGCCAAAGCCAUCGCCACCAGCCUGCAUGAAAUCUGCUCCCGGAUAAUGACAGAGCGAAAGAAUGCCAAAGCGAUGGCAGGAGGCUCUCUCCAGGACAGGAUGCAGGCAGGAUUAGAUCUCCCUUUACAAGCAGAGUUCCCCACACCAAAGAAAGAGCUGGUUCAGAAGUUUCAAGUGCUCUACCUUGGGAUGUUGCCUGUGGCUAGACCAAUAGCCUCUGCUCCAGGCAUGGACAUACUGAACGGAGCUAUAGACAGUCUGAUCGGUUCUUCCAACAGAGAGGACUGGACUCCGGUUGCCCUCAAUGUGGCUGAUGCUACUGUCACUAUCAGCAAGGAAAAGGAUGAAGAGGAAGUGUUGGUGGAGUGUCGUGUUCGUUUCCUGUCUUUCAUGGGUGUGGGACGUGACGUGCACACGUUUGCCUUCGUCAUGGAUGCCGGUGGCCAUCGUUUUGACUGUCACGUCUUCUGGUGUGAGCCCAACGCUGGGAACGUGUCGGAGGCUGUACAGGCAGCUUGUAUGCUGCGGUAUCAGAAGUGUUUGGUGGCUCGACCCCCCUCCCAGAAGGCCUGCGCCUCGUCACCCCCCGGUGACUCUGUGUCCCGUCGGGUCUCGACCAGCGUAAAGAGGGGCGUCCUGUCUCUCAUCGACACCCUCAAACAGAAGAGACCCGUCACUGAGUUGCAGCAGUAAAUGUGGUUAAGCACUACCGACUCCCUGCCACAACCCCCAGUCACCAUGGUCGCAUCGCCGCCAAAGCCCGUCACCAAGUAACCAUGAAAACACAGCAAAGCCCCAGGGUUUGGGAAACCCUGUCACAGUUCCUUCGCUUUUCUGGAGUAAAAUUGGAAUUUCACCUCAAGAGUUCAUCAGCUCGAGCAACAACUCGAAUCCGUUUCCUUUUAAAAAUAACUAAGAUGUAUAAAGACUCUUAUCUGACAUGAAGAAGGAACAGAGAAACACCAGAAGGGUGAUCGUAAACGUGAUAGUGUACAUAGAAGUAACUCUUACCCCCCUCAGCGCAGAGAAGGAGUGAGGAGAAGAGAGCAAAAAAAACAAACAACUGAAGAAGUAGGAAAUGCUCCUUCAAGCACAGCACGUGUGAUGAGCAAGCUCUUUGCUGCCCAAACCGCUUAUCUCUCCAUGCUCUAAUUGUAUUUGUGUCUGUGCCCGUGCUGCCAGCAUGACCUUGCACACCUGACCACACCCUCCAGUCAUUCACCUGGUUGUCCUGUUAGUCCCCCCCCCCCCCCCCCCUCUUUUUC